GAUGGUGUCUAUUAUUAAAACCGCUACAGUAUAAAAACAAAAAUAUAAAUGACCACUUAUAAUAACAAAGGCAUGCUUUUUAUCAAUAUAUCAUGCAUAUACUGAAUUUUGCUCGAUGCAUUUCGUUUGAGGACCUUUAAAAUAAAAAGGUGGAGCAGGGUUGCUGUUUUUGAGGAUGGAAUGUUUGUCUCAUGAAUCCACGAUGCACCUAAACUGUCCUGCAGGGACCUCUAUUCACUAUUCAGUCGAAUUAUAGGAAAACUUCCCUUUUAUUAAAUAGCCUUAACGAUAUCUGUAGUGGAUUUAGAAUUAUGCUAAAUGUUAAUUAUAAUAAAUCAUAGACAUUUGCCAAACAAGACUACAAGAACCAUACAACUAGAGGUUGCAUUUAUAUAAUGUUCAUGUAAAUAAUGCACCGUGGUAUCUCACCCCAACCAUAUUCAGCACAUAUUCCGGGCAUUUAUUAUUUAAUUAAGUGAUCAAACAUGUAAUAACAUGUAACGCACAAGUAGCCACAGUAUUGAACCAGUGCAUGACUAAUAAAUUGAUCAAUUAAAAUUCAAUACCAUUUGAAAAUAGACAUUAACCUCGGGUAGCACUUCUUUAAUGAACCCUUGUGUGAGAACCUUUAUAGCAAGUUGUUUUUGCGUAAAGCAUUUCAUGUUUUUGGAAGAAAUGCAGGCCAGUUGCCAUUUGCUUUGUCGCGAGAGUUUCUUGCAAAAAGAACGUGGGAUUGGUGACGUCUACAGGCUGCGAGGCUACAGUUUUUGCGGUUUCCAAGCAACGCUGACGCUUUUUUUAAUGCACUGAAUAAUGGCGGAAACAAACAGGAGAUCGACCUUGCAAAAGAAACCUUUGUCUGCCAGGACUGAAAACUCUGUGUCUACCAGACCUCUUAGUCGACCUACAUCAGCGCCGGUAAAGAAACCACCACAAGCAGAUUUGCUGGCCAAGGAAGAAGAAUACAAGCGUCUAAAUGCAGAGCUGGAAGCGAGGACAGCUGAACUGGUUCGUCAGGCUGAAGAAGUCAUGAGGGAACAAGAGGAAGUACUGUCAAGACCAAUUUCUUCCCAUCUUGAUGUUGGCUUUGAAGAUGACGAUGAGGAUUUCAGAAAUCUAUUUCAUUCUGAUGGACCAAGCAUAAAGUCUACAAAACAACCCAGUGCAAAGGCAUUGAAUAAGACCAGCUCAAAAUCUACAGGUCAGAACAGACCACCAUCAGGAAACAGAAUCAAGAAAGUAUCAAAAACAGCAGAAAUACAUAAUGCUGAUGAUGUAGCAGUCCUUGAGGACUUUGCUGAUUUCUCCCUGGCAAAGACUAUUAACAAAAUUGAAGGACAACUAGAGGAAGAUGCCAUAGCUGACGAUGCAGAGGAUGAUGUCAUACCCAGUGUUGGCAUUGAAAUGGGCUCGGAGGCUCAGAUUCGAUUUCUUAAAGCAAAGCUGCGAGUCAUGCAAGAAGAACUCAACAGGCUUGCUAACGAGAUUAACAAGAAGGAUGACGAGAACAACAGUUUAAGCAGCAAAGUCAAAGAGCUGGAGGAAGACCGGUCCAGGUUGCAACGAACAACAAAUAUUCAGCAAACCCAGAUUGACAAAUACAAAACUUUAGCAGAGGACAGCAACAGAAAAUGUGAUGGAUUACAGCAACAGCUCACUGCUUUGCAGAAGGAACUGGAAGGACUGAAGAGAGUACAAAAGCAGACUGUGACCAAUCACAGCGCCACUGAGGUCCGUCUGAACCGAGCAGCAGAGGAGGCAGAAAGAUACAAAAUGGAGCUGAACAGAAUGAAGCAAAGCAGCAAGGAUUCUGCCAGUCUGGAGCAUCAGAAAAUUGAACAGCUAAAGGCAGAAAAUAAGAAGCUGGAGAAACAGAAAACAGAAUUGAUGACAGGAUUUAAGAAACAACUUAAACUCAUAGACAUUUUAAAAAGACAAAAGAUGCACAUUGAAGCUGCCAAGAUGCUCUCUUUUACUGAAGAGGAAUUUAUGAAAGCCCUGGAAUGGGGAAAAUCAUAGUGUACAACAUGACUACAGCUGGUUAAACAUGAUCUGACCAAAAAUAAAUAAACCUUGACUUUUAAAUGGUGUAUACUAGAAUGCAGUCUGUACUGAAAUAAACCACACAUUUCAGACGUGUAUUUCAGAAAUGACACUGUGAUGCGAUUCCUGAAAUUUUCAGUUGUCAUUUUAAAACUAGAAUGCAGCUUCUAAACUUUAUAUUUUGUAUAGUAGAAUAUGUUGUCUGAUAAGUGCUCUUUACAUUCCAUUACUAAUUGUUUGUGCUCCUUUUUAUUUUGUGCUUUGAAUUAUUAAAACAUUUUAGAA